UGGAUGCAAGACAAAAAGCCAUAAUUUCAACGAAUCAAGAUUUGAGGAUAUUUUGUGGAAAAGGAUUGUUGCAAGAAGAGGAUUGGUUGAGUCCAAGUUUGUUGAUGAUUUUGGUCCUAGAAUAUGGGAAAAAAUUGUAGCUAAUGUCCAUGGAAGCAAGAGGUCUUGGGAUGUCAUAGGAAUUCCAUGCAAGCAUGUUGUUACUGUUAUUAAUGCCACCAAGCAAAAGGUGAAUGACUAUGUAGCCAAAUGUUAUAAAAAGGAGGCAUUCUUAGCCUCUUAUCAGUUUGAAGUUCCUACCAUUGAAGGAAUGAGUCAAUGGAAAAAAACUGGAAUGCCCCUUAUUCAACCACCAUUGACAAGAAAGAUGCCGGGAAGACCAAAAAAGAAGAGAGUUUUAGAAGAAUGGGAAGCAUCAAAUGCACCAGCAAACACUGAAGAACAGGUUCCAAAUUCUGCUACUAUCCAACAACCUGUCCAGCAACCUAUCCAGCAACCGACUCCUAUCCAGCAACCUGUCCAGCAACUCACUCCUGUCCAGCAACUUGCUCUUGUCGAGCAACCCAGCAAGAGAGUCAAGCUCCCCAUUAUAAGGUCUUUGUCUUCAAAAGUUGCUCAAACCCCUCUUCUUGAUGGUACAUUAUCAAGUGAAGCAACUCUUGUCCCAAGUGAAAGGGAUACUCAAACUCUUAUCCAACAUCCAAAAAAAAAUGCUAAGACCCCAGCAAAAAGGCAAAAGCAAAAGACAUCUUUCCCAGAGUAAAAAAAGGGAAAUUUUGGUAACAGAAACAGCAUGUUAGUGUUCCUAAGAUUCUAUUACUUUAUCUAAUUGUGUCUAAAUGUGCCUGUUUUGAAGUUGGUUCUUUGGAAAUUAAAGUUAAUAAUACUAAAGCAUUGAUGUUAAC